AUCCUCGAGUGGUUGGCAGCCCUUGUGAAACCCGAGAUCAAGCGCGAGUUCACGCAUAAGUACGACGACAGCGUCACAGCAAAGCUGUUUGACGAGUCGUGGGACUGCCCCGGAUCAGUAGAGGGCGUCAACUAUGACGGCCACCUGCUCGGCCAGGCCGUCCUCGACAUCGAGGUCGAGUCCAGCUUCGGCUUCACCCUUAUAGUCGAGAGCCUAACCCUGCCCCUCAACCUCGAGAAUAGCUACCUCACCUUCUACAACAAGGGAAGGGUUACCGGAGUUGUUACUCUUGAGGCCCUCGCCCGCGUGACGUACGAGAAGAAGAAGGCCAUUCUCAACUUUCCAUUCCCCGGUGCCUCGUUCAAGAUUCCCGGAAUCGCCACCAUCGGCCCCCAGCUCACCGUCGAGGGCAGCAUCGACGCCUCCCUCGGCAUGGCUGGCUUGAUUGAGACCAAGCUUGAGAUUGCCAAGUGGGAAGUCCGCCAAGUCAUGCCCGACACCAGUUCCUACAAGCCUGAGCUUAUUGACAACAGCAAGCCAAGCCUCGAUCGGACGGGCGACUUCUCGGGUAUCCAAAAGCCCGAAUUCUACGCAGGCGUCACAGCCUCCGGAGAUGUCACCUUUAAGCUGUCAGCUGCUGCCGAGUUUGGCGUUCGCUUCGUCGAUAAGUGGGAGAUUGACCCGGCGGCCGCCGCAGUCGUGGGCGAGGUCAGCCUAACGACCAAAUUCGCAGCGGGCAUCUCGACCACGGGAACAUGCCCCUUUACCUACGGCCUUGAUGUCGGCGCUCGUUUGUUCGCGAGAGCAACGGCGCCCAAGGUGUUUGGCUGGGCUGGUGGUGAGGUCGACCUAACGGACAAAUGGGAGAAGACCAUCAUUAAGGGCGGCACUUGUCCCGACCUGGGCCCGAUACCUUCCAAGAGAAGUCUCCGAGGUAUCGACCACCUCCUCAUAGAGGGCCGUGCAGAAGGCAAGGCCGUGACCAGAAACAUGUCGAGGUUGGAAGCACCCGAGGCCGGUGUCUACAGAGCGGUCCAUGUGGAAUCAAUGAACAGUUACGAUGCUGGCCUGCGCACAAGGCAAAUUUCCGGCGGGCAUAUGUCAUCCCUGAGCAAGAGAGGUGCUGUAUACGGCCCAGCAUUCAGCCUCCCCGCCGGCGAGUUCUUCUGCCCUUCUCGAGACGGUGAAGUAGGCAUGACGUGCGAGCAAGCAUACAAUGCCCUGGGAGCGGGAAACGAGGGCGAUGGCUGGAGAGUAGCGACCAAGCACAAGCGGGAGAAGCUGGCGCCGACGUCCACCAUUGACGAAAAUGCCAUUGCCGCACAUUUCCAUGCUCAUCAGCAGCGAAGUCAUGGCCAUAACAACCACUCAGGAGGCGAGAUAUUGCACAUGUUUGACAAGAGAGCCAAGGACAAGCUGAUCAAGGCCUGCAAUCGGGACUGCGACAUAUCGGAUGACUUCCCCCCGGGCGGUCAGCUGAAUGGCGAUGACUGGGGCUGGGUCAAUCCCCACGACUGCGGCAACUUUAACUUUGGCGACCCCCUGCCCGCACGCGCCGCCAACAUCCAGUAUCACACCGAGCACGUUCUCGAGGCCCAGAUGAUCGACCUAUUCUUCCAGUACCUUGACAAGAAGAAGUCUAAGCUUCCUGAUCCAAAGCCAAAUGCCCCCCAGGGAGCCACAGUCUCCUUCUGUGAUUAUGUCGACGAGCUGUGGGAUGUGCCCGCUUUCGUGUGGCCCGGCGAGGAUACGACUGGCGGCAUCGGCAAGGCUUGGAACCCCAUUAUGCACAUUGCGGCACAGUAUCCGACAAAGACGUUCAAGAAACACGAAUUUGUCGCUCUCGAGUCCGCAAUUAACACACCUUCAAAGACAAGCGCCUGGCGAUCCUCAAACCCCUGGGACACGGGCUCCUGGGCCAAAGACCUUGCCGACUACGCAAAGGCAAGGGUGAUUCUCCAAAAGAUGCGCAGCACCAUGGGCUCCCGUAUCUACCAGAGCCACUCAACAAUUAAGUCAACAAUGAAGACUCAGACGGAUCGGAUCGGAAAGGUGCUCGACGCCCUAGACUCGACCUUGCUGCCCGCCAAUCGGCGCGCUGGGUACCAGCAAUGGUCGAAACAGAACCUCAAGUCCGAGUGGCUCAGUUACAUGAAGGGCCAGUACACCACCAUGCAGUCCAAGACCAACGGCCUCGUUAAUAAUUUCCUUCCUAAGAUGAAAGCUGCGUGGGUCACGCAGGCAGAGAAGGACAAGUGGGAGGCUGAUCCGAAUGAUACGCCGGCGGAUGCGGAGGAGAAAAAGCAACAUCGGGCUUUCAUAAAGUCUAUUGAAGACUUUGAAACGAAAUGGAAUGGGCUUCCGGCGUGGACGAAUCCACUCUAA